AUGGCCUCCGGCUACCCCCGAACAAACCACCUUUUCGAACACGCCACAAAAAAAUCCGCCCUGAGCCGCGCGGAGGCCCGGCAGGCGCAGCUGCGGCCCGGGGAAGCCCGGCCCGGCGGGGGUGCGGAGGCCGCGCGCCUCCGGGGCUUGGGCCAGCCAGCUUCGUUCAGCCCCUUGCCGGGGUCGAGAAGAAUCCGAGAUGAACAUUAUUAA